AUGAAUUCACCUCAGAAUUGUGCGGCGGUUGUUGUGGGAGCCGGCCCCGCUGGCUUGGCUGUCAUGGGAAAUCUGCUGGAGAAGCAAAUUGGGAAAAUUGCCUGGAUUGACCCGAUCUUUCAAGGGGGGCGAGUCAACCGCAAAUAUCGAGAAGUUCCUAGCAACACCAAAGUGUCACUCUUUCAAGCGUAUGCCACCGCCGUUCAACCCUUCCGUUCCGUCAUCAACAACACCCGCGUUCCCAAUCCAUUCUCAACGAUGGCCAAACUCGACCAGGACAAAACCUGUCAUCUGCACCACGCUGCGGAUAUGGUCAAAGGCCUGUCGGAUGGCAUUGCCAAGAUGGACGAGGUGUUGGCGUGUCGAGGGGUUGUCACUGCCGCCAAUUUGGCUGAAAAUACGUCUUUGUGGACGGUACGAAUUAUGCGUCGGGACUCUCUCGACGAAUUCGAGGUGGUGACCCCAAGACUCGUUCUAUGCACAGGAUCGUCGCCGUCGCAAGUCCCGAUCCCCAUUUCUGGACUCGAUAUCCAAAGACUGGACCUAGAUGUAGUUCUGAAGCCCAGUGACCUUGUCACGCAGCUGCCCCACAAUCUACCCCAGACCGUCGCGGUGGUCGGGGCUUCUCAUAGUGCCAUCCUGGCUCUCCUCAACCUGGUAGAAUUGGCUCGCACCUCCCACCCCCAGCUACGAGUGAAGUGGUUCACGCGGCAUCCUCUUCGGUAUGCCGAGUACAUGGAUGGCUGGAUCCUCCGAGACAACACGGGUCUCAAGGGUCUAGCGGCGGACUUUGCUCGCCAGCAAUUGGAGGACGAGCGGCUACCCCAGUCGGAGGCGGGUCAGUUCAUCACGAAGGUGGACUGCGGGGGAGGCCAAGAAAUGGCGCAAUACCAGCAGCAUCUGCCAUCGUGCUCGCACCUCGUCCAGGCCGUCGGGUUCACGCGGGAUCCGCUGCCCGAGUUGUCCGUCGACGGAGAGUCUUUGGAGUUGGAGUUUGAUUCGGAAUCGGGCGGCUUCCAGGACCAGAAGGGACGACAGGUGCCCGGCCUCCACGGCGCGGGUAUCGCCUUCCCUGAACGGGUGGUCGACCCAUACGGCAAUGUUGAGCAUGCCGUCGGGUUCUGGAAAUUUAUGAAGUAUCUCAAGCGGGUGAGUCCCCAGUGGACAGCCUCGCAAUGA